AUGAGAACAAGAAGGCUGAAGGAAUGCUUCCGUGCUGUUCACGAGCAUGUUGUGUGUUUCAGCAGUGGACGCAGCAGUGAACCAGAAGAACGACCCACUGCUCAACCUCCUCAAGUCAGUGUAUGUGGAGUCAACACACCCAGCGGCAGAGGUGGCUGCAGUGGGCCUAUUGUGAGUAUUUCUGGAGAUGAAUGGAUUCUUUCAGCAGGAGACGGCUUUGAACUCAGCUGUGAGUUCGUAUGUUUAACAGUCCAACAUGUCGCACAGCUGUGGAGGAACAGCCCACAGGAGGAGAGUGUGUCUCUUGUUAAUGUUACCUCCAUCCUGCCUAAUGUGACCAUCGUCCUGAGCAUCAGCUCUGCAACAAAGGCAGACACUGGUUAUUACUCCUGCAUGACCCAACCACCUGAUACAAUCAGCUCUGAGGUCUUGAUUCAGGUAGCAGAUAACCUGUCAACAUCCACCCUGACCACAUCCAGCAACCCAGGGUGUGCCAGCACCAAAAAGCACAGCAGUGCAGCAAGUCUGCAGGGUCAGAUAUGGUUCUGGAUUCUGCUGGGAAAAACUGCCAUCCUCCUCCUCAGUUUGGCCUCCCUGGCUGUAAAAUACAAGAGAGGAUGAGAAGAGAAGGAUCCAGAUCUCUCUUUAUAGCAAUGCUUUGUUUGGAUCAUUCAUUUGAUGAAAGACUUAAUUGCAUAUUUUAAUUUCUGCAUUGUUUAGUCCUCAAAUUACACAUUUACUGUUAGUGAAGCAGUUCCAAGAUUCAUCUGUUCUGGACCCUGCAAAUAAUGUUGUAUUGCUGUCUUGGAGAAUUUUUACAUUUAAAUGCUCUUCAUGUAACUCCUUA